GGUGAGUUGCAGUAAAACCGUUGAAUAUGACAAUAUCGGAGGGUAGGCAAAGCAAUGACAGUGUGAAAUUAAAACGGUGUACAUGUAUAUAAUUUUUUGCAAGUUUCUUGACAUCUAUUUACAAAUAUUAUAAAGUCGGUACACAUCCUUUUGUUCGUUUCAUAACGCCAUUAUCGCAUGUUCACUCAGCAUCUGUCAGUUGCCAUAGAUAAUGCCUCCGGGCCUUUUAUUCACUGCACAACACGAUUCGUUUCUAUGGAGCCAACAGCAAUACGAGAUCUCGCGCGAAAUUGGAUCUUGGCCCUGGGCUAUACCCGGCAGUAAGAGCGCGAGACAACUAAAAGCUCAUUAUACUUGGGAUUUUAUCAAUAGGCGGCUUCGACUUCACACGGGCUGGUUUGGACAGGGAAUUUAACUAGAAAAUUUAUACAAAAUUGAUUCCCCACUAAGGACCAGGACGAUGGCGUCCCCUCACACCCCACCUGCCACUUCCCCGGCCACGCACAACGGACACUACCAGAAGAUAUCAGGGGUACCCUGUCCUGCUACCCCUACCCGCUACACAGCCCCCGUGCACAUCGAUGUCGGAGGGGUCAUUUAUACCUCAUCUUUGGAAACUCUCACAAAGUGUCCUGAAUCCAGAUUAGCCAAAAUGUUUAACGGCAGCAUACCCAUCAUACUCGACAGCUUGAAGCAACACUAUUUUAUAGACCGCGACGGUAAGAUGUUCCGGUACAUCUUAUCCUAUCUCCGUUCAUCCAAACUCAUCUUACCAGAAAAUUUUACGGAAUACGACCAACUUCUUGAAGAAGCUAGAUACUUCGACAUAAAAGGUAUUGUUAACCAUAUUGAUAUCAUCCGGCGUGCUAAGAACAUCAAACAAGAGAAGUUAGACUUGCGUUCAGGGGGUACACCUAGCGGCAUUGGCGAGUAUUGUGACUGUAUCGCUGUUAGCAUCAGUCCUGAUCUCGGAGAAAGAAUCUCUCUUAGUGCAGAAAAGGCGCUUAUUGAAGAACUUUUCCCAGAAUUGAUUCCCGCGCUUAUGGACUCAAGAAAUUCCGGAUUUAAUUUGGACAAUAGAUACGUUAUUCGGUUUCCUCUAAAUGGAUUUUGCAAACUGAAUUCCAUACAAGUGUUACAGACUCUGUUUAAUGCCGAUUUCAAAAUCGUGGCAAAUACUGGCGGGGGAGUGGAAGGUCAGCAGUUCAGCGAAUACCUGUUCUGUAGAUACCGGAAGUGUUAGUGCUACAGCGGAAAUUCUUCCGCAUCUGCAUGGGUCAGCAGUUCAGCGAAUACCUGUUCUGUAGAUACCGGAAGUGUGAGUGCUACAGCGGAAAUUCCUCCGCAUUUGCAUGUGUGCUGUAAUAUAUGAAAAGGUGUAUAUUAAUCAAAGUGUUUGUCUCUUGCUAUAUGCAUCGUACCAAACUUGAUUUGUUCGUUUUGUUAAACUUGAUAUAUUGCAGCAAACGAAUGCUAUGUACAGAAAACGGCACAAAGAGUUCAUAGUUUUUUUUUCACCCUCUUUAAUAUAGUUGCCAAAGACAUUUUGUCCCAUUUUACACAAAUAAAUGUUGAUUUAUGUUGUUUUCUUUAUCAUAUUUAUGAAAUCCACAUUAUUUCAUGUUUUCUUGUUCAAUGCCAAUGUUUGAUAAUAAAUGUAUAUACUGUAAA